GAGCCGGGGAGACCGACCGUGUUGGCCAAAUGCUCCGCGAAGGGGGAGUUACUACAGCCCCACCGGGUGAACCUGGACCUCUGCGGCUACACCGACUUGAGUAUUGGAGAGCUCGUCUCUGGCUAGAUCAGCCAAGUACACAAAAGCCGGGAUGCCGAGGUCGCCAUGGUCAACCAGAUCCAACAAAAAUCUGAGGCUGUUGGCAAGAAACUAGAGGCGGACCUUGCGGAUCUCAAGAGCCGGCUGAAGAUGCAGGAGAUGGAGACCCGGAAGGCAAACGCCAAGUUUGUAUCCAGCAUCGCCACCCAAGAAAAAUUGAAGACCGAGGUUGAUGUUGAGAGAAAGGCCUGGGUCGAAGAGAAGGCCGCACUGGUGACCCGGGCGGAACAGGCGGAGAAGGCUCUCGCUGAGAAGACCGCCGAGCUCUUCGGCCUAAAGUGCCAGGUUUCCCAAAUGAUGAAGGGGCUCACCGUUCUCUCCGACUCCGACGACGGCAGCUGCGAUAGCUGCACCUCCUCGUCGGACGACCAAGACCCUCCGCCAGCCCCGGACGCCUACAGCUGCGCCGGCGACCGGAAGGGCAAAGGCCCGACGUGGAAGUGGUGA